UAAAAAUUUUUAUUUUGUUAAUUUCAAUCAGAAUUUUUUUGUAUGUAUACAUACUACAUAUACGCUUAAGAUAUGUACUAUUCAUAUAGGGUUGCCACCUAAAUUUUAGAGUAACAAAUCUAUUUAAUAGAUAUCGAAAUACAAAUUUUUUUUUAAAGCUAUCCAAAUGACAAGUAUUUGAUAUCCCUUGAAGACUUUAAAAAGUAUAUGCACUCUGGGCAAACCUCGGUCAACCUGGUACUAAUUGUUAAAAAGCCAUAAAUAACAAAAACAAACUUUAAGAUAUCCGUAAAACUUUUUUAUUGAAAUAGCCUAAUGGUGAUAUUGUUUUUCCUUGCAAUUAAGGGAACGAAGGCUAUUGUGGAUUCAGUGGCUAAUAGGUACCCCCUUGUUACCGCCGCUCCAUUAGGAUACUUUUAAAGUAAUUUGCAUAUUAUCCCUAGUGGGUACUUGUACAUACAUAAUUUCACUACUGUAAAUUUCCAAACAUAUGUACAUAAGUAUUCAUUUCAUUGUUUUGUCAUUUUGAAACGGUAAAAUAAGAAGUCAAGAAUGGAUUAACGUUUAAAUAUGCGAGUUCAGUUCGCACGCAAAGGCUGAUACAAAUGUUUUUAAAGUAGUUUAACAUAAAAUACACAUCAUUACUACUGUGAAAAGUUGUUUCAUUGAAAGCGAACUCCUGAAAUUACAAAUCUUUAAAAACAUUUUUAACUAUCGCGCUGCGCGUACAAAUAAAAUUUAAUAAGUAAUCGAAUCCGAAUGGCUGACGAACGUAACCCUGGCAAUAGGUACAAUUGUCUUAAAUGCAGUGAAAAAGAUGAUAACCGCAUGGUGCAAUGCGAUCAAUGCGACAAGUGGUAUCAUUUCUGGUGUGUCGGGGUUAAUAGCGGAAUAGAAGAUCUAAGCUGGUGUUGCGAUAAAUGCGAUCCCCUAGCUUCUACCGCAACUACGAGUGCUGCAACUCCUCCGAGCACAGCACAAAUUAAUAUGGUGCCGACUUAUAAUUCAACUUGUCCGCAAUCAACAUCUUCGCCUGCACAUGACGCAUCGCUACCGGUCACUACUGCUCUAAUUUCAUGGAGUGCAGCAGAUGGCCAUGGAGAGGCAGUUACAAACGCGGUGAGUGCAGCUGAUCAGGUAGUUACAACUACCCACAACUCGAGAUCCAUGCAGGCGUCGGUUUCAACCGCCGCAGGCAAUCAACGCUAUCCACCUGCAACAUUAAAUGCACGUCUAUCGAGAGACGUCACAACUACAACUUGCUCAUCGCAAUACUUCCGACUACACGCCGAAGCAGUCAGCAGCCAGGUACAAAACGUAAACGACCUGGAGCUACGUCUAGCCAUUCUGGAGGAAGAGAAUUUGAUUAACCAAACAUAUCUACAGAAGAAGUAUGAAAUACUGUCGCAUUCGCAAGGUGGUGCAGCCAUGGGCGUUUCUGGGAGCAGAAUUAGAACAUCUCCAACACCAGCACAAAUAGCAGCAAGGCAAGCUAUUCCGAAGGAGCUUCCGCAUUUUCAUGGCACUCCGGAGGAAUGGCCCCUUUUCAUUAGCAGCUUCGAGACAAGCACAGAAGUCGCAGGCUAUUCAAAUGCUGAAAAUUUAAUGCGGUUACAAGCGUGCUUAAAGGGUAAAGCCCGAGAAAUGGUACGAAGCAAAUUACUAUUGCCAACAAUGUUUCCGGAAAGGGAUCCGUACGAUAAGUCGAAAAUAAAAAUGUCAUGAGAAAUGUCGAAAUUUAAAAAUUUUUUAAAUCUCGAAAUAAUUUUUAACCGAAACGUAAAAUGUUGAAAUUGUAUCUAUGCUUUCGAAAUGAAUAAGGUCGAAAAAAUUCUAAAUGCGUAAAUUGUCGAAAAAAAGUCGAAAAAGUUGAAUGUGUGAAAAAAAUAAAAAUUAAAAGUGUUCUGAGUAGAUUUUCAAAUGCUCUAGAGUUCCUAAGAUGGAAAAAGAAAGUUCUGCAAAAUUACGCAGAAAAAAAUUUUUAACGUGUUAUUUAAGGGUGUAUAAUGAAAUCCCAAAAUACAAAAUACAGAAAUACAGAAUCCCGAAAGACAUUAUCCAGACACGACCAAAUCCCGACCUGACAUAAUCCAGACACGACCAAAUCCCGACCAUACAUAAUCCCGACAAGACACAAUCCCGACCAUACAUAAUCCCGACAAGACACAAUCCAGACAAGAAAUCCCGACAAAAAAU